UCCUUUCUUGUUUGAAUUUGGAGAUAGUACAAAUGUAAAUCAAGUUCGCCUAGCUGAUAAUAAUGUCGUGCAAAUAUACAAUAAUUGGUUUAUGUGGGCUUUAUAAGGCGAUGGAUGAUCGUGCUCUGUUUAAUAUGGUUCAAAUGGUUUCCCUCCGCCACUUAUUCGUUUCAAUUUCGUUGGGUGUUCUGCUGGUAAAUGAAAUAAGAGCAGCGCGGAAAUGGGAUUACGAACCCAUAUCGGUUGUUGGCAUCUCUUCGAAUGACAGUUUAGUGAGUUUCGAUAUCCAAAUCAUUCGCAUAGGUCGCGGGGAAUACGGAGUAUCAGGCACAGCCGUGUGGAACUACGACACGACCGACGAAACCACGAUGGAGGCCGUUGCCUACCGAAGCUCUACAGGAGCUGAGAGUGACUACAAGCUGCUCCCUUUUUCCGUUCCAAAGCAGUCCUUCAACGAUUACAUCAAUAGCUACUAUAAGGAAGUAAUAAUGAAGAAUCUUGCCCACUGCUCCAAUCUUCCGCAGUUCAAAGGCAAAUUCCAACCGCCAUGGCCAAAGAAGACUUAUUGGGCUGAAAAAUGUGUUUUUAAAUGCGAUGGGUUGCCGGAUAUCAUACUACCCGGUCUCUAUAAGGUUGUAUUUAAUUGCACCGGACCGAACCAGCCGUCAUGGGACUUUAUUGGUAUUGUUAAACUAAGAAACAAAAUGUUUUGAAAUCAAAGUACAUCUAAUAAAUAAUUAAUACGUUUGUCA